AUGGCACCCGGCGGAGGCAGCCGACGACCUCCCCCUAGAAGGGAGGCGGACCUGAGCGUGGUGCUCACCAUGCCCCAAAAGACCGACCUCAUCACACUUGUGACCGCCAUUAUGGAGAAUAUGCAAGCCAAGGUGAUUGAGACCUUUCAGUAUUGUGGAACUGAGCUGGCGAGGAGCCAGACCAGUGUCAAGAUUUGGGUCUACACCCCGGAGAUGGUGAGCCAGAAGGCUGCCCCUGAGGCUAUGAGCCCGUCCAUGGCAGAACUCAAGAAGGACACAUUGGCUGCAUUCAAGAAGUGGCAGACUCAUGUCAUGAGAAAGCUCAAUGAAAUCACCGUCGUCGUCAACAGCAAUCCUACACAGCAACGUCAGAGUGGCCCGUCUCGAGGCGGCGCGCUCAACCAGCGAGGCAAUCAUCAUGGGACAUUCGGGACCAGGAAAGCGUUUACCGAGGCUAUUCCCACCGGAUCAAAGCUCUAUUCACCACUACCGACGUCCUUGUCCAGUCUUCAGAUAGACAAGAGAAAGCUUCUCCUCCGUGCCCUUCUGCUCCAGACCUUGUCAAUCGAUCACUACGCCUCGUACUCUCGAAUCAUGAUGCUCCAUGUUACAUCCUCCCUACGCCUCCCAGUGCACAUCCUUGCCGAGGAUGAGGCACGAGUCGCCAAGAUCAUGUCCAAGGUACAGAAAGAAACGUUUGUCGAGGAGGUUCCUCGUCCUCGAUCUGAAGAGCCUAGGAAUUCUCGAAGAUGGAAAUCCGCCGUGGGUGGGAGCGGCGCUCCCGGAUCCAGCAGCCUCGUAGCGCCUCUCGUUGCUGCGGGAAUUGGAAUUGUGCCCGGCGGUGGACCAACAAUGGGACCAGCAACCAUUGCUGGCCUCCUUGGCCCGGUAGCUGACAGUUGCAUGUGUCUCGGUACUGUUUUCGGCAUCUACUAUGCAAAUAAGGCGACUGGCAAGAUGUUAGACAUCUUCACCAAGGAUGUCCAAGACUUCGCUUUCAUCCCCCUAUUUGGUGAAACUGGAUCCGAAUACCGAGAUGCCAAGGAUGUUUCCCCAGAUAACCGAAGACUGCGAGUUGUGCUUGGGAUCAAUGGGUGGACAACCGAGAACGAAGACAUUACACAACCCUGGCAGGCACUAGGCAAUCAGAGCGAGGUGUUCGCGUUCAGAUGGGACAGCGAAGCGCUUUUGAAGAUCGUCAUCGAUACCCUCAAGCAGGCAACAUGGCCCGUUACAUUGAUGAAAGUCAGCAAACUUCUCGAUAAUCCAUGGUGUGUCGGUAUUGUCCGCGCAGACAAGGCGGGUGCGACGCUUGCCGAUGCCAUUUUAGCCAAGUUACAUGGCGAGCGCGGGAUCACCUUGAUUGGGUUCGGCCUUGCUGCACGGGUCAUUUAUACAUGCUUAAUGAAUUUGGCGGAGCGACGAGUGUUCACCCUUGUGGACUCUGCAAUUCUAAUAGGGGGCCCGAUUCCUUCGGAGGGUAACGUCUGGGUGUCGAUGAAGAGCGUAACAGCAGGUCGUCUCGUGAAUGUCUAUUCCGAGAAUGAUACAUUGCUAGGCUUCAUGUAUCGAACAGGGAGCCACCAAUUCGGAGUUGCGGGCUUGCAGCCCGUUGAUGGAGCGAAGGGCGUGGAGAACGUAGAUGUGAGCGACUUGAUCAGGGAUCACUCGCGAUAUCAGAAGCUGAUGGGGACCAUUCUGAAGCGCGUAGGUUGGGAUGACCUGAACCCGGCGCAGUUGGCAAGAGAGGAACAUUCCCUUGCACUUUUCGACAAGCAGUCGCAGCUCAUUGCAGGUGCGAACAAAGAAAAUAUCCCGACUCGAAGAGGCCAACGACAGAGGAAUGAACCGGGUGGCCGUGACGCACGAGGACAAAAGGGGAAGAUGGGCAAAUUGCCCAUCUGA